CGCAGCUUCAAAAUAAUGAGCUCCCAUAAAUGCCCUCUUCAACUACCUUGUCUGCUUCGUCUCUCCUUGUCGCCCGGGGUUCAGGAAUUCCGGUGCACCCUACCUCCUUUUCCCCCCACUCCCCCUCCCUCCCCCCACCCCCUCCUGAGGUCUCAUGUUAUCGCAACCUGCAGUUUGUUUUUUCCCUUGGCAGCAUGGCCACGCUCUCCACACCCGAAGCAAGCGAGCUUUGAAGCUUCUUCCCCUUUGCUGGACGCAUCGUUAGUCGAGGUCGCUGUAGAGGUGAAUGCGGAGCAAAUCAACAUGGCAACUGCUAACGGGAGGCACGGGCAGCUUAGUUCUGGCACGCAACGACAAGUGCCUCACACAAUGCCCGGCAUGAGCCCCUUGAGCGAGAGCCUGUGGCGGGACAAGACUGAUACUGGAAAGGUAGGAGAUAUGUCAGCGCGCCUGACAUGGGUCGACUUGUGGGUUACCAUUGUUCAACGUGGAUCCAAGCAAGCCAUUCUGCAAGGAAUUACAGGUUACGCGGAGCCGGGAUCUUUCAUGGCCAUUAUGGGUCCAUCAGGGUCGGGGAAGUCCACUCUGCUAGAUACAUUAGCAGGAAGACUGGCGAAGAACGCUGCGCAAACAGGACAAGUUCUGCUCAACGGUCGUCGCAAAACAACUCUGUCGUACGGAACUGCUGCGUACGUGACUCAAACUGACGAACUCAUAGGAACACUCACAGUGAAGGAGACGAUUUAUUAUUCAGCCAGUUUGCGGAUUCCGAGCACUGUAACGCGGUCUGAGAAGAAAGCCAUAGUGGACAGCACCAUUCGGGAGAUGGGACUGUAUGACUGCCGCAAUACGCCGGUGGGGAACUGGCACCUGCGGGGGUUAAGUGGAGGCGAGAAACGACGGCUGAGCAUCGCGUUAGAGAUUUUGACUCGACCUCGUCUGCUCUUUCUUGACGAACCCACCAGUGGAUUAGAUAGCGCUGCGGCAUUUUUUGUGGUCACAGCAUUGCGGAAUCUAGCAAGAGAUGGGCGUACCAUCAUUGCCUCGAUCCAUCAACCCAGCAGUGAGGUGUUUGAGCUCUUCGACAAUCUGACCCUCCUCUCUGGCGGCAAGCUUAUCUAUUUCGGACAAGCCAACAAUGCAAUUGAGCAUUUCACAUCUGCAGGGUUCCCUUGCCCCCAACUUCGGAACCCCUCGGAUCACUUCUUGCGUGCCAUCAACGCUGAUUUCGACCAAGUGAAGUCCAAUCUGAAAGGAUCCUUCAAAAUAAGGGACCGCGAAAGCAUAGAUCCCAUCGACAGGAUGAGUACCAACCAGGUGGUUAAGAUACUCAGCGACGCAUACCAGAGCAGCGACUACGCCAUGGGAACUAUAUCGCGAAUCCAUGAAAUUCUGCAAAUGCAAGGGACGCUACUUGAAGCCGGUGGAAGUCAAGCUAGUUUCUUCAAGCAGUGCCUAACCCUCACACGUCGCUCAUUCGUCAACAUGAGCCGAGACAUCGGCUACUACUGGCUUCGCCUUGUAAUCUAUAUCGUCCUUUCGCUUUGCCUAGGCUCCAUCUUCUACGACCUCAACACGAAAUAUGAAGGCAUUCUGGGAAGAGCAGGAUGCAUCGCUUACGUGGGCGGGUUUUUGACCUUCAUGUCCAUUGGGGGAUUCCCAUCGUUCGUGGAGGAUAUGAAGGUUUUCAACCGGGAGAGGUUGAAUGGGCACUACGGGGUGCUAGCCUUCGUGAUUGGCAACACGCUCUCCUCACUUCCAUUCCUCUUCCUCAUAUCUCUCGUUUCCAGCCUCAUCGUCUACUUCAUGGUAGGCUUGCACCCCGGAUUCGAGCACUUCGCCUACUUCGUGAUCUCUCUCUUUGCUCAGGUGGCCAUAGUAGAGAGCCUCAUGAUGGCAGUCGCAAGUCUGGUCCCCAACUUCCUCAUGGGCAUCAUCACCGGCGCAGGAAUCCAGGGCAUCUUUAUGCUGGUAGCAGGCUUCUUCAGGCUCAUUGACGACCUCCCGAAGCCCGUGUGGCGGUACCCCCUCUCCUACAUUGGAUUCGACAUGUAUGCUCUUCAGGGAAUGUACCUGAACGAAUUCAUUGGGUUAACUUUCGAGAACUACGUACUGGACGGGAAGAAAAUCGGUCCCCCGAUUCCAGGCUGGUACGUGAUCAGAGAGAUGUACGGGAUCAGAACCUCGAUGACGAAGUGGGAAGACAUCGCGGUGUUGUUCGGCAUGAUCAUAGUGUACCGCAUCAUCUUCUUCAUCUGCAUCAAGCUGAGGGAGAAUCUGGGGCCUUACAUGCGCUUCAAGGUCACGCAGUACCGCACCAACAGGAAGCUAGCUCGGAAGCCCUCGGAGCUGCAGAACGUUAUCCGCCCCGUGGUGACCCCAGUGGCAACUCCGCAACACGACUCCGUCCCUCUCCAAUACUCUGCCAAACGACACGCACUCGAACAUCACCAUUAGCAUUCUCUCCGACCUCGAUCCACAAUCUACCAUUCCUGUACACCAAAAACAAUCAGUCACUUUCCUGCAGGACCCCAAAAUUCAUUUAAACUUCCGCACCCACAUCAUCGAACUAGUCCCACUAGUCCACUAGUACAAUUCUGAUCUUGAGCCUGGAACUGUGUCCGUCAAACCUCAAGGCUCAGAAUCAGUAUUCAAUAAACACAGGCUCUCUCUGCGAGUUCAGCGAUGUGUAUCAAUCGCCGACACCGAGUAGGAUCUCGUGUAGAACUUCAUGCCCUGUCGAAUCUCAGUGACGUGAACCAGUUUGACACGUGAAAAAGAUUAAUUGCCAGCGUUGCAAGCUUGGACUCCUCCAUGAGUACAAGCAUCAUGUUGGACACAACUGCGGUGCAAUCUGCCCCACAGCUUACUUGUAAUUUUGGCCAGCAUUCGCCUAUCAAAAUCAAAUGUAUGAUUUGCUUUAACUCUUGCACAAA